AUGUCCGACAACCCCUCCUCGCCGUUGCUUGGUAGCAGCGAUAGACCUAUUUCGAAACACUCCCAGCACGAUGACGACCACGAGAUAACACCUUUAUUGUCACGAUCCGACUCGACUCCUCGAUAUGACGGCACUGAGGAUGACGGACAAGGGCGUCUCCCAUCUCCAGCCGCAACAUCAUUACGAUCUUUACAAAACGGCCAUGGCUCAGCCAAAUCCCCAAAGCCGAAACGACGCUGGCCAACUUUUAUUGCUAUCAGCAUCCUUGGGUUGGUGGCAAUAGCCAUCCUUACCGGCGCAUUCUUGGCUCCCGCUGCCGUGGAGGCAUACGCCAAAGAAGCACUUGUCAUCGAGCCUACUAAUCUGUCCAUUGAUAGCUUCACGGCUACCGGAGUCAGAGCAAGAGUUCAAGCAAACGUACGGAUGGAUGCAUCAAGAGUUAAUAACAAGGAUGUGAGGAAUAUUGGACGUUUUGGUACAUGGAUUGCUCGUGAAAUAGAGACUAAGGAGUCCGAAGUGCAGGUCUAUUUACCAGAACUAGGAAAUAUUCUGCUUGGCACGGCGACUGUACCACGAGUUGUUGUUGACAUUCGAAACGGGCAUACAACAGGCAUUGAUUUUUUCACGGAUUUAGAGCCGGGAAACAUCGAAGGGAUUCGACAAGUCGCCAACGAUUGGCUGGAGGGUCGUUUGCAUAAGUUGAGGGUGUUGGGCAAGGCCAAUGUUGGGCUAAAAUCCGGCCUGAUCUCCCUGGGCACUCAGAGCAUCUCCGAGUCACUUGAGUUUGAAGGUCAAUCCCUCUACCGCAACACUCUUCCAAGUAUCCCGGCGUAUAACAUUACCCGUCUUAAUUUCCGGGAAGUACCCAUCUCAUUGACUGGUCGUCGUGGCAUGGCUGCAGAUGUUUCGCUCUCCGUGGUAAACAGCUACCCUGUCAAGUUUACUGUUCCGCCCCUUGGAUAUGAUAUUCUUGUUCCAAAUUGCGGCGUUGACGAUCCAUACAUUCGUCUUGCGGACGCCACAACAGGCACCAUCAAUAUUGAACCCAACUCGGAGGUGGAUGUUGAAGUUGGAGGAAUUGUCCGCCAGUUACCAAAACCUCUAGUCAACGCCUGCCCAGACUCAAAGCCUUCUCCGCUUGAUGCGCUACUUGGCCAUUAUAUCAAGGGGAAAGAUACAACCAUAUAUGUACGAGGCUCAGAAGCACCCAAUGGUGACACCCCUGAGUGGAUUACCAAAAUAAUUUCUAGUGUUACUGUUCCCGUGCCGUUCCCAGGCCGUACAUUUGAUAAUCUUAUCAAGAACUUUUCUUUGACGGACACACAUUUUAGCCUCCCCGACCUUGGCGCGGAGCCUGGAACUGACGAAGAAAAUCCUCAGAUAUCUGGCAAGGUGCUUGUGAUUGCAAACUUGCCCAAGGAGAUGAAUUUUGGAAUCAACGUCACAGGAGUCCAGGCACAUGCCGAGGUUUAUUACAAGAAUAAGAAGCUUGGAAAUCUGAAUCUACACAAGUCUGCCGCAAAGUCAGAACGAAUUGAGCCAGAGGAUGGCGAGGCUGCAUCUCUUAAGAUCGAAUCUGAGAUCAAGAACGCCCCGCUCGAGAUCACUGACGAACGUGUAUUCAGCGACGUGAUUCAAGCCAUUAUCUUUGGUGGUAGUGGGGUGAUGCUGAAUGUUAAGGCUCUUGUUGAUGUUACAGUCUCUACAGUCUUGGGAGAACUUGUCAUCAAGAAGUUACCCGCAGAGGGGGUCAUCCCCGUGAAACCCAUCUCUACAGGUGGCGAUUUUAGUACUCUAAAGCCAAAGGUUGGCGACCUCAGGAUUCUGAGCACGACCAAAACAUCUUUGGUUAUCGAGGCUCGAGUCAAUUUCACGAACCCUACUCUCUACACUGCGCAAGUCCCUUUUAUCAACAUCCACGUCCUCAAUAACGGCUCGAUUCUCGGCGAAGCUACAGCAAGAAGCAUCAAAGUAGUACAUGGUAAUAACACGAAUAUCCUAGUCCAGGCGACAUGGGAUCCAAGUCAACGUGGCGAUGAGAAAGCCCAGAAAAUUGGUCGAGAACUACUUUCCCAAUACAUCUCAGGAUACAACACUACCUUGACAUUUCGAAUCCACAGAGACUCCAUUCCUUACCAACCAAAGAUCGGUGAAGCACUCGGCAGAUUCCCUAUCGAAAUGCCCACUCCAAAACUAUCGAACCCAGGGGAUAGUAACGAUACGCCCAAGUUCCUAGACGACGCAACUUUUCAUUUAUUAUCAUCCACGGCUGAUUUCACUAUCCAUUCGCCUCUCCAGUCCUCUACUAUAUUUAUCGAAAACAUCAACGCUACAGCUUUGUACAACCACACCGAACCAGUAGGAAAGAUCAACUAUGACCUGCCUUUUAAAGUUCCACCCGGGACUAGCAAGUCACCGAAGUUACCGGUUGACUGGUCUUUUGAUUCUGUUGGAUACGAGAAAAUUCGCGAGGCAUUGGGAGGUUCUUUAAAACUAGACGCCAAAGGCACCGUAAAGGUAAGACUUGGGCAAUGGACGGAAACAAUUUGGUAUGUGGGGUCCGGGAUCGGCGCAAGUGUUAGGUUAUAA